GCCUUGGCCAUGCGUCCCCUUCCUAUCCCACUGCUCCUGACACUUUUACAGAUUGCAGUACUCACGUAUGUGAGUGCUGGGGCGUACUAUGGACACAAGCAACACCCUCAGCCAUACCAGCCGAUGCAGCACCACCAACAUAUGGGCAAAGAGAACUUUCCCCAACAACAGUACCUUGGCAAGGAGGUUCCCUACAUGCAGUACCCCCACUACAGGAAGGAGCUACCCCAGAUGCCGAUGCACAAGGGCAAAGAAAACCCUCGUAAAGGGGGCGGAUAUAAUGGUGGCCAAUACAAAGGUCAGACAAUCCCUAGAGGGGCUGAAGGAAUGCCCCAAGGAGAGCAAGGCCCAGUUGGACCACCAGGACCAAAGGGACCUGCGGGUCCUCCAGGGAAUGGACUGCCUGGACCUGCGGGACAACCUGGAUCUCCUGGUCCACCAGGAGUGCCUGGAAUGGGAAAACCAGGUUUGCCAGGACUGUCCGGCAAGCCAGGAGGAAAUGGUGACGCUGGACCACAAGGAGAAAUGGGUCCUAGAGGUGAAGAAGGGCCAGCUGGGCAGCCAGGGCCUCAGGGUCCCCCAGGACCACCUGGGCUGCCAGGAAUAGGUAAACCAGGGGUACAGGGAUUACCGGGCCAACCAGGUUCCAAAGGAGAGCCAGGUCACAAAGGUCUGCCGGGACUACCGGGAUUACCUGGACCCAAAGGUGAUAAAGGAAUGGGGCUGCCCGGACAACCUGGUCACAAAGGGCUUCCAGGGACCCCAGGACCUGCUGGCCCACGAGGGCUGCCUGGUUUUGGAAAACCUGGCUUGAAUGGGGCACCAGGGCCACUAGGACCACCAGGAGGGAAAGGAAAUCCUGGAGAGCUAGGACCAGCUGGGCCCCCUGGUGAAGGAGGACAGCCUGGCCCACCAGGCCAACCUGGUCAUGGAAAGCCAGGUCAGAAUGGCCUGCCAGGCCAGGCAGGCAUGCCAGGUGGGAAAGGCCAUCCAGGACCACCAGGUUUACCAGGAAAGCCAGGGCUUCCUGGAUUUGGUAAACCAGGACUCCCAGGACCAAAGGGUGAUAAAGGUAUGGGUGGGUCCCCUGGACUUCCUGGGCCAAAAGGAGAUAAGGGCCACGGAGGACUGCCUGGCCUGCUUGGACCCCUUGGACCAAAUGGCCCACCAGGUCUUCCAGGCCCUACGGGAACCCCAGGAGGUUUAGGUGCACCUGGUCUGAAAGGUGACUGUGGAGAAGGAGGACAUAAAGGGCUUAAUGGAUCUCAGGGUGACCCUGGUACCCCUGGGAUACCCGGUAAUGAUGGUCUGCCUGGAGAGAAUGGAGAGCCAGGACAAAGAGGUCCACCAGGACCGAGUGGCGCAAAGGGAGACGGAGGACAUAAAGGUCUACCUGGUACCCAUGGUACUCCAGGACUUCCCGGGCCAAAAGGACAAGGUGGACUUACUGGUGAGGUUGGUCCUCAAGGUCCCAAAGGAAUCCCUGGAAUGGAUGGCAAAGCUGGAUCAAACGGGCCUCCCGGUGUUCAUGGGCCUAAAGGAGAUAGUGGUCUACUAGGUCAACCAGGCAUUCCAGGUGUGGGGAAUCCGGGGCUUUCUGGACCCAUAGGACCCCAAGGGAAAGAGGGCUCACCAGGAACCCCUGGACAACCAGGUACACCUGGCCUUCCCGGACCUCCUGGCCCACCCGGAGCAUCUGGGCUGUAUCCCGACAUGGCAGGAGUGCUCUCCGAGAUGGGCCCAGAACUGGAUGGUGUAAAGGCCGGCGGCUACGGUAAGAAGGGCAAGUAUGGAGGCAAUGAAGCUGAAGUCAUGGGUGCCAGUGGAUUGGAAAUGCCAGCGUUCACAGCGAUAGUAACGACUCCCUUCCCACCUGUGGGCACUCCGGUCAUCUUUGACAAGCUCUUGUACAAUGGUCGCCAGAACUACAACCCCGAGACCGGAGUUUUCACCUGUGACAUGCCCGGCAUUUAUUAUUUUGCCUACCACGUUCAUUGCAAAGGAGCUAACGUGUGGGUGGCUUUGAUGAGGAACAAUGAGCCGGUGAUGUAUACGUACGACGAAUACAAAAAGGGAUUCCUGGAUCAAGCAUCAGGGAGUGCAGUACUACCUCUACAAGCUGGGGACACUGUGUAUAUCCAGCUGCCCUCAGAUCAGGCCUCAGGACUUUAUGCUGGGCAGUACGUGCACUCCUCCUUCUCUGGGUAUUUGUUAUAUCCGAUGUAA